CACCUUUAUAACAUUACCGCGUUGUUCUUUUCUUUUUCUUUCUUUGUCUGUUUGUUUCCAUUAGAAACCAGGACGCGAAGGGAAUCCCUGAAUAGGAGCGAGUCUAUAGGCCGCUUAAUUAAAAACAGGGGGGAAAUGGACCUAACUGCCAAUAGCACAGCAGAGGACUUUGCUUCCCGCUCCGGCGUCCGCCCAGUGAGAGUAUAUAGGAGAGGAGACAACAGGUGCACCAGGCAUGACCGGUCAGUGUCCUCACUUGGGCUGAGAUAGGGAGGACUGAGAUAGUGGGGACUGGGGCAUGCUUAAAUGAAGGAAAUGGAAGAUGCGCCUGAAACGCUGGAGUGAAGAUUCACGCAGAUGGGUAAGUAAGUUAUAACAUAGUUGCGGGCAAUUAAAAUAGCCUCAGUAGAGCAGUCAAGACAUGUUAUAUGUUACUUAGGAUCGGUUGCUGUUGCUGUUGCUGCUACCAGGCAACUCAAACACUAAACACAGGGACUCUUCCUAUUUGGGUUCUUCUAACCACAGCAUGUGCUACGUAUAGUGGUGUAGAAAAAACAAACAAAAACCCAAAACACACAGUCACUUAUAUUAAUAGCAGCAUACUUGAAAUAGUCCACACCUUGGUGAAUAACUCUUUGAAAGCACAGACUAAGAUGUUAGAAACUAGUUUCACGUGAUGAUGAGCUGAGCUUGUGGUGUUUUUGUUUUUAUGAUCAGGAGGAGGAUGUUGCGAGAUUUUACAGGAAAGCGGCACUUUCCCUUCAAGGGACAAUACGAGGCCCAUGAAGUCACAUACAAAUGCUUCAGGAGGCGGAUCAUCCAGAGGCGCUGCAGAGAAAGCCCUGUUGCAAGUACCCCACUGGCCCCUGGGCGGCAGUGUGAGCCAAGCUUCGAGUUUGAUACCAUCUGUCAGAGGCUGGAGCUCGAUUCUCCACCGAGAAAGCAUGAACCGGGACAGGGAGUCCUACCAGGAAAAAUCCAAGAGGCAGCACUGGUGGGAGGCUCGUCUCACUCUGAGUCUGUUAAGUUGGUGAACACAGAGUGCACGAUCGCUGCAAAGACACGGCCUGCUGCAGAAAAUGCCCCACAAGAGCGAUGGGUAUGGAGACCUGCAGUUCAAGAACCUGAAAAUCUCAAUCGCUCAGGUUAUGAUGAAAGAAAAUAUGAUCUUCAGCCAUUUGCCACUCUGAGCAAAGCCACUCUGAGCCUGCACGGGAAGUCAGUGGUUAAGUUGGGUGCACCAUCACUGCUGAAUGAUUACUACACUAACCUUCUCGACUGCAGCUGUAGUGGCAUGGUUGCAUUAGGACUCGGCUCUUCAGUUUACAUUUGGAAUUCAGAAACUCGUGGUCUGGUUGGACAUCUGGACCUGAGUCCACAAUCAGGAUGCCGAUAUCGUCAGUCAGUCUCGUCUCUGUGCUGGAGCACAGAUGGAAGAGCCCUCAGUAUCGCGACUAGACGAGGGGAGAUACAGUUGUGGGAUGUCGAACACAAGCAGAACAUGAGGUUUCUGCUGUCACACCUGGCUGUGGUGAGAGCGCUUUCUUGGAAACAGCAGUUACUUAGCAGUGGAUCUGUUCUUGGACAUAUCUGUCACCUUGACCCACGGGCUUUCACACCUCUGGUAGGUGCAACCACCCAGAGGGAGGGGGUCUGCAGUCUGCAGUGGUCACCAGGAGGCAAAUGGCUGGCCAGCGGCUCCACAGAAGGCCUUCUCCAUAUCUGGGAUGAUGACAUCAUGGGAAAAAAAAUGUCAAGUCAGCCAAUAAUGACAGUGAAGCAGCCCAGUGCUGUGAAGGCAAUGAGGUGGUGCCCAUGGCAGGGGAACAUUAUUGCUACAGGAGGGGGAUGGAAAGAUGGUGAGCUGAGAAUCUGGGACACACAAUCAGCAUCUUGUGUUACUUCUGUGCAAACAAAUUCACAGAUCUGUUCUCUACAAUGGGCUGAAAAGAAGAGAUAUCUGGUUACAGGUCAUGGCCUACCUCAUCACAAAGUCACAUCUUGGGUGUGGGAGUUUCACUCUCUCAGCCCCAUUUACCAGUUCACAGGUCACUCUGAUCGAGUCCUUCACUUGGCCUUAAACCCUGACAAUUCUCAGAUCUUCUCCACCGGUGCGGACCAGCGCUUUCACAUCUGGGAUUUGUAGUAACCAGCGUCAUGGAACCGUGACAUUCAUAUUGUUAAUAAAGUUCUUUAGCAUCUGGUUAGAAAUAGGUAUACAAUUGAUUACCACAUAAGUGCACAUUGCUGCUUUCUUGGCAAUUGUGUCAUAGAGACCACACAUUUCCCUCCCAUGAUGUCAACCACAAUUCGAAGCCAGUUUACCACCAGCUCACACCUUUUGUCAUGCAUCGUGCAUGCCGGUAGCACAGGUUUCCUGUUUUAAUGGCUAGACGACAUGAAUCUUUUGUAUAGUUAUGAUAUGACAGAUAUGCCAUACUGACUACUAUCAUAUGAAAGGUAACAAAAGACAGACAUGGGACCUGUUUUAGUGUACACAUAUAUGAAAUAGCUCAGCACCAACAGUUGAAAUCUGCUGCUGCUGACUUAAGGCUCAUCAGCAUUUAUUUGUUCUGUAUGUGAGUUCACUUUGAGUUUGUUGUGUUUUUAUUUAUAUUACAUUUUGAUAUGUCUUCAUUGUAAAUUUUGACUUCCUGAAAUUUUUUUAAAUUAUAUUUUGCACAAUGAAAUCAAAUUUAGGAACCUAAUAGUAGAAUACACUCUGUAGCCUAAGGUAGCUUUUAUUCUUGCCCCAAUGAUAUGAAACAUCCCUACUACCUAUUUUACCUUGAAAUAGAGUGAAAGCUUUGUGGUUUGUUUUAAAAGUUAUGUGUUUAGUAGUUAAAUCACUUAGACUUAAGUUAAAUGUAAAAUGAAGCAGAAUAGAUUUCUGCUUGAAAAGACUUUGUGUGUGAGCAUAUGCGCUGCAAAAUUUGACUUGCAAGAGUGUGACCAGAGAAGAUUUAAGAGAACAGUUUGUGCAAAAGCACUGUGGUGAAGACUUCCUUUAUAAAAACAGAGCAAGACCCCCCCCCCUCUACAUGAGUUAUUUCUUAUAGGUUAUAUGUUCACAGUCACACUGAGAUGUCGGAGCAAACGUGCAAUGACUGAGGUUGGUUUAUAUAGUCCCUGUAACCUCAGAUGUCUGCAAAGUCUAGCCUACGCUGUUCCACUUUUGACUAAGAUAAGGGUCAAGGUGAAUAAUGUCAACACUCAACUGAAAGCAGCAACAUGCCUCAAGUGCAGUCUGAAAUGAAGCCCAGUCAGCAAAGAAACUGAAAUUUUAAAAAAAGAACUGAGAAGAAAUCUGCAUAAGUUGUGUAUUUCUGUGAGCUUACUGCUUUACAAAUAUGCUGGCCUUUAAUGCAAGGUCAAAGUCAUGAUGGCUCCACUCAGCUGAAACUGGCGGCACAAAAAGGGUCAACAUA